CGACACGACGGCAACUACCAUCACUAAAAAAAAGCGAAAAUCAUCUUGCAACGCGAAUUCUGCAAAAUACAAUUUAAGUGAAAUAUAAGCUUAAAAUGGCCACCGUGGAAGCCCUCUACAAGGAACUGACCGCCGAGUGGGCGAAGCGGCCGCCAAAUACCGUCAGGUGCGGCCAGCUGCUGGAUCAGUUGAAGGUGGCGCUGGUGAAGAUGGCCUUCCUGCCGACGGACGGAAACGACGCCCAGAGCUCCAAGAAGCAACUGAUCCUGGCCAGAAGCGUGCUCGAGGUGGCCGUGGAGCACAGCGUGCUCAGCAAGGACCUGCUCGCCUUCGAGCGCUACAUGGCGCAGCUGAAGUGCUAUUACUACGACUACGCCAAGAUAAUUGGCGAGUCGGAGAGCAAGUACAAGCUGCUGGGCCUCAAUCUGCUCUACCUGCUCUCCGGCAACCGGGUUUCCGACUUCCACACGGAAUUGGAACUCCUCUCCGUGGAUGUCAUCCAGCACAAUCAGUUCAUCCGCCCGAUCCUGGCCCUGGAGCAGUACAUCAUGGAGGGCCGGUACAACAAGAUCUUCCAGGCCAAAUCGACGGUGCCCGCCGAGGUGUACAGCUACUUCAUGGACCUGCUGGUGGAGACGGUGCGCGACGAGAUCGGUGCUUGCAUCGAGAAGUCCUACGACAAAAUCUCCGCCAAGGAUGCGGCCAAGCGGCUCAACCUGCGCGUCCCCGACGAGAUCAAGGCCUUCGGCGAGAAGCGCCAAUGGAAACUGGAGGCCAGCGGCGACUACAGCUUCACCGACCGCAGCGUCAAGCCCAAGGAACUGCUGCCCUCCGAGGAACUGGCCGAGCAGGUGCUCAGCUAUGCCCGCGACCUCGAGAUGAUAGUCUAAAUCUAGGAUGGCCAGAGUAGGGUUAAGAAAACAGUCCUAAAUCGCUGGAAACCACAAUUUUUAUAGUAAUAUGUAUCUGUAUGAGAAAAGUAAAGCUAACUCCUCUUUAAA